UUUUGUGUUUUUUCCUUCCUAGGUAAACGAUGCCAUCGGAAUGGAGUGGUCCUGGAUUUAUUUCACCACGUUGAUCUUGGUCGGGUCCUACUUUGUACUCAACCUGGUUCUAGGAGUGCUUAGUGGUGAGUUUACGAAGGAGCGAGAGAAGGCCAAGUCCCGUGGAGAAUUCCAGAUACUCAGGGAGACACAACAGUUGGAUGAAGAUCUGAAGGGCUACAUGGAGUGGAUAACUCAGGCAGAGGUGAUUGACAAUGACCAGGAGGGCCAAGGUCUGCUCCCCCUAGAAGAUGGAGGAUCAGAGGCAGAUAGUUUCAGUAAAAUGGACACCAUGCACCGGAUCAUUUUCUACUAUAAACGCGCUCGCAGAUGGAACCAUUUCUGCAGAAGAAAAUGCCGGAUGUAUGUAAAGUCCAAGCUCUUCACCUGGUGGGUAAUCCUGCUGGUUUUCCUCAACACACUGGCUGUUGCAACUGAGCAUCAUCAGCAGUCAAAGAGUCUCACCGAUUGGCAAGGUACUUCCAACAAGCUUCUGCUGUCCAUGUUUGCCAUUGAGAUGUUGAUGAAGAUGUAUGCACUGGGGCUUCCCUCCUACUUCAUGUCACUGUUCAACCGCUUCGACUGCUUUGUUGUGACCACUGGCAUCUUGGAGCUAAUCCUGGUCCGGAUGAACAUCAUGUCUGCUAUGGGGAUUUCUGUGCUACGUUGCAUCAGACUGCUACGCCUUCUCAAAGUCACUAAGUACUGGACAACCCUCAGUAACCUGGUUGCAUCCCUGCUGAAUUCAAUGAGAUCAAUUGCCUGCUUGCUGCUUCUCCUCUUCCUCUUCAUUGUCAUAUUUUCAUUGCUGGGGAUGCAGGUGUUUGGAGGGAAAUUCAACUUUUCCAACCAACCCAAACCACGUAGCACAUUUGACAGCUUUCCUCAGGCCCUCAUCAGUGUAUUCCAGAUCUUGACAGGAGAGGACUGGAACUUGAUAAUGUACGACGGCAUCAUGGCCUAUGGUGGACCUAGCAUGCCUGGGAUACUAGUUAGCAUUUACUUCAUUAUCCUCUUCAUCUGUGGAAAUUUCAUCCUGCUGAACGUCUUCCUGGCCAUUGCCGUGGAUAACUUGGCCGAGGCUGAAUCUCUGACGUCGGCUCAGAAGGAAAAGGCAGAAGAGAAGAAACGCAAGAAAGUGCUCUCGGCCAACAUGCCUGACAAAGCUGCCGAGGAGAAAGCCUUUCUGGCCAAGAAACUGGCAGAUCAAAGAGCCAAGGGCAUAGAGGGGAUCCCUACCACUGCAAAGCUCAAAAUCGAUGAGUUUGAGUCCAACGUCAAUGAAAUCAAAGACCCGUUUCCUCCUGCAGACUUCCCUGGUGACGAUGAGGAGGAAGACCCUGACAUCCCUGAGAGCCCCAGGCCCCGCCCCAUGGCCGACUUGCAGCUGAAGGAGGAGGCUGUGCCCAUGCCAGAGGCCAGCUCAUUCUUCAUCUUCGGCCCCCAGAACAAGUUUCGUAAACUGUGCCAUCGCAUCAUCAAUGCCACCACUUUCACCAACAUCAUCCUGCUCUUCAUUCUCCUGUCCUCCAUCUCACUGGCGGCUGAGGACCCCAUUGAUCCCAUGUCCUUCAGAAACCAGGUGUUGGCCUAUGCUGAUAUCGUCUUCACUUCAGUAUUCACUGCAGAGAUUGUGCUCAAGAUGACCACAUAUGGAGCCAUUCUACAUCAAGGCUCCUUCUGCAGAAACUCUUUUAACAUCCUGGACUUACUCGUCGUCAGUGUCUCCCUUCUGUCAAUGGGCAUGGAAUCCAGUGCUAUUUCUGUGGUUAAAAUCCUCAGAGUGUUGAGGGUACUGAGACCUCUGAGGGCCAUAAACAGAGCCAAGGGACUCAAGCAUGUGGUGCAGUGUGUCUUUGUGGCCAUUAAGACCAUCGGAAACAUUGUCCUUGUUACCAUGCUGCUUGACUUCAUGUUCGCCUGCAUUGGAGUGCAGCUCUUCAAGGGAAAGUUCUAUUCAUGCACAGAUCCUGAUCAGUUAACUGAGUUAACAUGCAAAGGCUGGUACGUUAGAUACGAAGAGGGAGCCCUACAUGAGAUGGAGAUCCGAAAGAGGAACUGGGUCAACUCAGAGCUCAACUUUGACAACAUCCUGAAUGGGAUGCUGGCUUUAUUCACUAUCUCCACCUUUGAGGGGUGGCCAAAGAUUCUGUACAAGGCCAUUGAUUCUAACCUGGAGGACACCGGCCCAGUGUACAAUAACCGCGUGGCCAUCUCCAUCUUCUUCAUCAUCUAUAUCAUCCUGAUCGCCUUCUUCAUGAUGAACAUCUUUGUGGGCUUCGUCAUCGUCACUUUCCAGGAGCAGGGGGAACAGGAGUACAAGAACUGUGAGCUGGACAAGAACCAGCGCCAGUGUGUGCAGUACGCGCUGAAGGCGCGCCCGCUGCGAUGCUACAUUCCCAAGAACCCUUACCAGUACCAGGUCUGGUACAUCGUCACCUCCUGCUACUUUGAGUACCUCAUGUUCCUCCUGAUUAUGCUCAACACCAUGUGCCUGGGAACACAGCAUUGUAACCAGUCGGAACAUGUGACCCAUCUGUCAGACAUGCUGAAUGUGAUUUUCACUGUUCUCUUUACCGUGGAAAUGAUCCUUAAACUAAUGGCCUUCAAAGCCAAGGGUUAUUUUGGAGACCCUUGGAACGUCUUUGACUUUGUGAUCGUGAUUGGCAGCGUGGUGGACGUGACCCUCAGUGAGGUUGAUGCCGCGCUAGCUUCUUCGGGAGGGCUUUACUGCCUCCAUGGCUGUAUGGAAGUGGAUCCAAUGCAGGCAAUUGCAUCCAAGGAGAACAUGAGUGUGUCCAUCACUUUCUUCAGACUGUUCCGCGUCAUGCGUCUCGUUAAGUUGCUCAAUCGCUCUGAGGGCAUACGGAACCUGCUGUGGACAUUCAUCAAGUCUUUCCAGGCAUUGCCCUACGUAGCCUUGCUCAUUCUGAUGCUGUUCUUCAUCUACGCUGUGGUUGGAAUGCAGAUAUUUGGGAAAAUUGCCUUGGUAGAUGGCACAUAUAUCAACAGGAAUAACAACUUCCAGACAUUCCCACAAGCUGUGCUACUACUGUUUAGGUGUGCCACUGGGGAGGCCUGGCACGAGGUCAUGUUGGCCUGCAUGUAUGGGAAGAGGUGCGACCCCAAGUCAGACUACCUACCGGGGGAGGAGAACACCUGCGGAGCCAACUUUGCCAUCAUAUAUUUCAUGAGUUUCUACAUGCUAUGUGCUUUCCUGAUCAUCAACCUAUUUGUGGCUGUUAUUAUGGACAACUUUGAUUACUUGACACGUGAUUGGUCGAUUCUUGGACCCCAACACCUGGAUGAGUUCAAGAAGAUCUGGGCAGAAUACGACCCUGAGGCCACGGGACGGAUAAAGCACCUUGAUGUGGUCACCUUGCUGCGGAGGAUCCCUCCUCCUCUGGGCUUUGGCAAAUUCUGUCCACAUCGGAUUGCCUGCAAGAGACUGGUCUCCAUGAACAUGCCUCUGAACAGUGAUGGAACGGUCACCUUCAAUGCCACGCUGUUUGCAUUGGUCCGGACUGCACUGAAGAUCAAGACUGAAGGUAACUUUGAACAAGCCAAUGAGGAACUACGGGCCAUCAUCAAGAAGAUCUGGAAACGCACCAGCAUGAAGCUCUUGGAUCAGGUCAUCCCACCAAUAGGAGAUGACGAGGUCACCGUUGGCAAGUUCUACGCCACCUUCCUGAUUCAGGAUUAUUUUAGAAAGAUGAAGAAGAGACAGGAAGAAUACUACGGCUUCAGACCAGACAAAACAAAGGCAUCAAAUGAGAUCCAGGCUGGCCUAAGGAACAUAGAGGAGGAGGCUGCUCCAGAACUCACCAGAACAAUAUCAGGGCUGCUGCUCAAUGAGGAGGAGCUCAACGAGACAGACGAAGGGGCAAUCUUCAGGCGCCAAGGAGGCCUGUUUGGCGAGCCUGCUGGGUUUUUCUCCAAACAAAAUGAGACUGACAACAACCACCAAGUGACCAACCAACGACCCCUUCAGAUGUCGGAGAGUCAACAAUAACCACAUCCACAGCCCGAGUAACACUCAGGCACAUUCAAUCUAUUGAAUGUGAUCAUAUUUACUUUAUAAUGAUUCUAAUUCCCAGCAGCUAGCAUGGUACCGUAAUGAGCUAAGUCUGACUUUUCCAGGCAAAGGUGCUUUACCUCAUCAAGCAUCAGCCUUAUGAGCCAAUGUUUUUUUAUUAAUAAUGUAAGGCCCUCAGUGUUUUCUAUUUUAACAUUCACUUACAAAACGGGUUCCCUGUCAUAGGUUGAAGUUUUUUAUUUCAUGAUAGAGUUCAUUGUCAUAUUUUCUUUUGAGAAUAUCUCAAGACAAAAUACCUGAUUCAGGUGGGCAUGUUUUGAGCUCUUCAAGUAAUAUUCCUGUAAAGUCAUGUUGAACUGACUCUUAGUUGGUUCUACAAAUAUAAAAUCCUUAAUGUUUUUUGCAAGAAAAAUAUCAUUUGUAUUGAACAGACAACCACAUCUAAUGUAAUUCCCCGGCACUGUGAGGUUUGUUAAUCGUAUACAAACUUGUACCGGUACUCGUUUUAAGGCUUGUUUAGUGGAAAAACACCCAGUAAACAAAUGAUGAGUAAAUAAUGAAUGGAAAUGAUUGAUGAAAAUGUGUAGAGUUCUUCAUCUAGAUUUUUUUUUUUCUUUAUUCAGAUCCGCAUUAGCUUCCACAGCUGUGGUCACUAAUCUUUCUGGGGUCCACAUAAAACAAAAAACAAUACACAGACAUAUAAACAUACUUACAGUACAAAAACCUAUCAAUAUCACAAAAGUUAGAAACACUGUAUAUACAACACUUCAAUACAUUGUACAAACAUCAUUAACCUCUCAAUAAAAAAAACAAAGUCCAUUGCAGGAGAAAAGUGAGUUCUAACAUGGACAAUAUGAUAUACAUCAGUGGUUCCCAACCUGGGGGGGCGCCAGAGAGCCAAGGGGGAGCGUGAAGCCUCUGACGGCUAGAGGCAAAUUGACAUCCGAGCAGUGCCGAAAUUUCAGAAUGUAGCAAAUGCAGCAGCAGUGCGCCCAUGCCUGACUUUAUAACAGCUCAUCCGAGCUUGAAAGAACAAUUUUUGAUGUCACGGGCCCCGCGAUUGAAAAUAGACCUGUCGCUAAGUCACGCCCCCUGUCGUUACCAUGACAAACUCGGACAAACAAACCAGACUCGAAAACAAAAACAGAUGGAAAAAUGUCAGCUGACAGUAUAUCUAAGCAGGUUUUGGAGAGGUUUUGGGAGAAAAAGGAUUUAAUUUCUUCCAGGAUCGAUCGAAAGGGACUACAUUACGCUAUUUUUUUAUCCCGACAAAAGCCUCCUAAGGAGAGUUCCUCUGCGUCUCUCUCGUAGAUCGCACCAUCUUUCAACGUCUUUGUUUAAAGAUGUUUCAAUCAUCUUCUCUCACAUGAUCAGCAGCUCGCGGUUUCACUUUCUCUCCAUUUAGAACUGAUGAUGAUAUCGCUGCGUUGUCUCUGUGGAGACAGCGCAGCAAUACCUCUACCAAAGACCCCCCCCGGAAUCGCGGAGCCAUCGCAUUUACAUCAGAAUGAAACCCAAUAAACCGCCAAUGUGUGUAAUGGUGGGAGAUUAAAUUGGGGUGCUAGCUAAAGCAACCUAAUCGCAAACCUAGCUUAGGCUACUUUUUAGCACGGUGCUGUUUGUGGCUCUCAGCUGUGCCAGAGCGUUCAUAGUUGCUAGGGAAACCACCUGACAUAGUCGCCCGGUGCAGCAGUGUGAAAUGCCCAGGUUUUAGAACGUCGUAGCCCGUCGAGUCGCAAGUUGCAAGUCGUUGCGAGGCGAAUCUUUGGUCUGAACUGGGCUUAGAUAGAUAGAUAGAUAGAUAGAUAAAUACUUUAAUAAUCCCAGAGGGAAAUUAU